GUGUACAUAAAAAUUAAUAAAAUAAAAGAAAGAAAAUUAUUUGAAUUAUUUAAAAGAACUUACAUACACGUAACAUUUCACUCCUUUUCUGCCAUAUGAUAAUAUAGAGUAGUUAAAGUAUUAAUGGAGGAAUCUAUUGAUGACCCAGUGAUUUUACAGAUAUCGCUUAUUGGAUUCCAUCACAAGAAAGGAUGGAUUCAAGAGUUCUCUUACCCAGAGAUAUGUGCAAUAGAUAUCGACAUGGAACAUUUACCUACACUCUGCUUACCGGAUCAAUCUCAUAACUUCGAAAGUGACAGCGUUUACUUCAUUUUACCAAAUAAAGAUUCGGCAAACGACAGCAAAAAAGUUUUUGGCGUCUCAUGCUUCCGACAAAUUCCAAUUGAGAAACUUACAAAUCGUAGCGAGAAUGACGAAUUUUCGCGAUCUUCAGUUCAGAAAUCUGUCUGUUGCCUUUCACGCCUCCCACUCUUUGGUUACAUUGAAGUGAAACUUAAUAUCAUUGUUGAUAAAAUAUUUGAGCAUGGAAUGUUUGAUUGCAGUGAAUUUCUGAGGGAAUCUUACAACGAGCUGAACCGAUGUUUAACAUUAAGAAUGCUAAAAUCACCAGAAAAUUCUAACGGCAAUGAAUUUCUUAAUGAUUUCUUCAUUGAAACAUGUUUGAGAGAAUUAAUUCUGCUCUGGCGCCAUAAAAUUCUUCUUCUGUUCAAACUUCUUCUCAUCGAGAAGCGAGUAUUGUUCUUUGGAUCUCCAGUGAAACCUGUUUGUGCAACAAUUCUCUCAAUCAUCUCACUUCACCCACAACUUUUAAGUGACGGGCUGUGCAAUGACUUUGGAUCGAAGGAUUUGACAUUCGAGCAGUCGGAAUGUGAAGAAUUCGAUGUGAAAACAACUCCAGUCAUUGAUAAAACGCCAGAUUCUGAUAAAUCUGAUGACAUAGAUUGUGUGAAACAAAUCACAAUCUUACCAACCAUUCCACCUGCUGAGUACUUAGCACCGUUACAAAUCUUCCGUAAUGGUUUUCUAUGCUUGCCAUUUAUAUCUCUUCACUAUUUUGAUGUUUUAACUGACAAGUCACAUAAUGGAUUCAUUGUUGGAGCUUCAAAUGUUUUAUUUCAACAAAAGAAAAAUCUCGUCGAUGUUAUGAUUGAUGUGACGAAUCAGACAAUUGAUUUCAUCGAUCUCGAUAUUAAAAAGUGUUUAGCUUUGACGACAGAAGACUUAAGAUUCUACGAUCAUGUCAUUAAAGGGAUUGAGAAUCCAAGAGCUGAUGGUUAUGGGACUGAUAGCUGGAUUAGGGAACAAUUUGAAAGUUAUUUCACCUCAAUGUUAAGAACAGCAUACGAUUCUGAGAAUCGUCAAGAUUGGGAAUGUUUCAAUGAACAUUUCAUGGAAGUGUGGGUGAGAUCGAACAAUUAUCAAGAUUGGCUUGCAAAGAAAAUCACCAGCACUUCAAGCGGUUCUGGCGUCAGUGCAUUCGACACAUUCCCUCGUGGCCAUCCAUUUGCGAGACGAAACAAUGCAAGAAAUGUUUCAGAUUUUAAGAAUAAAAUUGUGCAGAGCAUAAACAACACACAAAGUGCAAGAAAAAUCAACCAAGCAGUCAACAACACAUUUUCAAACGCAAAAACAACUUUCUCGUCAUGGCUUUCAAAUUUCUCCCAUCAAAAAGAUGAAACAGCAAACAAGGACAUGAUGAACAUGGAAAGUCGUGACAAAAUCGAGAAUAUCGAUUUGACAUUUGAUACAUUACAUAAAUAAAAAUAAAUAAAAUUUAAUUAUUCUUCUUUCAAUCUA